CUAUCCCAGAGCUCUGCAGAAGAUCACAAACCUCUGCAUCCUGCUUGAAGGACUCCGGAGAAAGGUAAAUCACGUUAGGAACUAAAAGAUGCUGAUUGUAACGACUUAAAAAAGAAUCCUGCUGGAAACCAAAUCUUUCUCUGCUGCAUUGGCGUCAUCUACUUGCUGCCCUGGUAUUACAGACUUUACUUGCAUGAGAGGAUACCCGAAGAAAACUCUACAUCACGCAUACAAUUGAGCCAGAAAAAGCAGCAGGAUGAAUUUAUUAAUGAGCACCGGGCAAUCCAGAACCCAAAAUGAUAAAACAAUACGCUGUAUUGGAAAUUACGAUGGACAACAUGAGAAGAUACGGAAGAUCCUAACACGGGUACAAUUACAUGAAUAGUGACACUAUUUUAUUAUUACAAAAAUGUCUACAAGAAAACGUAAGGAAUUUUCUCAAGUGCCAUCAAAAGCUAAAAAGAUAAAACAACAACGUACAGAAGAAACUGAUGAACAGAGCUCUGCGGAAAUGUCAGGACAUCACGAUGGGAGUUCUUCUGAUGUUGAGCUUGUCAAUAGACUUAGAGAGACUGGCUUGGAUCCUGAGUAUUGGCUCGGUGUGCUUGAAGAAAACCUGGGCAUUAACAAUAUACAGUCAGUACAAUACAUUCAGCCUGAAGACUGCUCGCUACUAGAGGAGAAGACCCGUUACCAAUGGGAAAAAAGAGCUUUACGUCAACUAUGCAAUGUGCCAGAUAGCAGUACAAAUGUUAAGGAAAUGCAAGAGAAGCGACGUCAGGUAAUGAAAGAAAAGAACGAACAAGCAUUAAAGGUAAUAACUGAGCUAAAAACAUUAAGAUCUGAAGGAAAAGAUCGACAUGAUGAAAUGGUCAAGCAGAGGGAAGAAGAAAUUCGUAAAGCCCUAGAAAUACCUUCUGAUUGUUCAACACCACCUGAGAAGUCAAUAGUGGAUCUUAUAGAUUACUAUGAAAAACAGAUUAAGUUCAUGGAAGAAUCAUUUGAAAAAUCUGACAAUAUAAAAGAUGAAGACCUCCUUAGAUAUGCUUCUGGGGGUUUGGCACUUGAAGGAAUUUUCCAAACAAAAAACAUUAAUGAUGUGUUUCAGAAACGUGAACCACUGCUAUGUAUUCCAGAGGGUUUCCAACUUCUUGGACCAGAGCAAAGUCCAGUUUUUCAACAAAAGGAAUUUACAUCCCAAAUAGAGGAGUCCAGUUUUAAAAAAACAGUUGAAAAAGUAGGGUUAAGUUUAAGUAGCUCAGUUAAUUUUAGUUUCAUGGGCUUCGGUCUAAAAAGCAGUACAGAUUAUAGCAAAGAUUCAGAAUCUGAUAAAACCAGUAAACAGUCUAGUCAACAACAAUAUGUCUGUACAACAAGAUACAAUUACAUCCCACUAGCAUCCUGCUACUUCACUAAGGACCAGAUGAAACUCUCGCAGAGUGCACUAAAUGCAUUAAAAGACAUUGAACAACUAAUUGCCAUAGAUUCAGAUAAACAAGUCAUAAGAAUGACAUGUACUGAUUUUUUCCAGAGGUUUGGCUCUCAUGCUAACCUAGGCCCUGUACACUUUGGGGGAAUAUACUGGUGGAAAGCUUCCAUGGAAGGCAUUACAUCUAAUCAGAUGCAAGAAGCUAAAAUAAUAACAUCAGAGGCACUAAACUUCUAUGUUGGGGCUAGUUAUGCUGGAAGUGGAGGAGAUUUUGACUUAACAAAAACAAAUACAUAUGGUUCCAUUGACCAAUCAACAAUCUCCAAAUUUCAGAAAGAUAUUCAGUUCUUCUCCACCAAAACAGGGGGUCCUUCAGAAGUUGAUUCUCUCUUUCAUUGGAGAUCAGGUCUUAUAGCAAGUAACAAGACAUGGAGUGUCAUAGAUCGUGGAUUUCAUCUCAUGCCUGUUUGGGAAAUUAUUGUGAGUAAUCACAGGGAUCAGUUCACAGAUACCAUGAAACUUGCUUCAUGUUUAAUUGAUUCUUACACAUCAUCAACUGGUCUGACUUCAGAAACAAUGGUUGGAGAAGAUUUACUGACUGCUUUAGAAAAAACUAAGAUAUUCUUGCAAGAAAUACAAUCUUGGAAAGCUGAGGAUUCUGAGGAACAUCUGAAAACAUUAAGUGACUUUAAACAAACACUGAAUGAAACCACAAGAAGUUACAGCGCUUGGGUGAAUUUGUGCCUGUCAGAUAAAGGUCUUCAAGAAUUUUUGCUUAGCAUCGUUAAGAGAUAUCAAGAAAGUACGGAGGAAAAUGUCUAUUGCAUAAAAAUUUCACUGCAAGAACUACUUGAGCCACAUAUUUAUUCAGUCGAUAAUUUUCCUGAUGCUUCAUUUAUUAUGAGGUGGAUUUAUAAUUCAGAGAAGAAUGAACUUGAUCAGAUCCAUCUUUCUGAAUUUAAGGAGCUCCUUGAUGUUUUGCAGAAAUCAAAAGAAAAUCUUUCUCAGAUAACACUUUCUCUGUCAUCAUCUACAGAAGAACAAUUCCAAGCUAAGAGAAAAGCUACCCAGCAUAUCGGUUACUCACUUUAUUCGUUUUUAAAAACUAUGAGAAAGACAAAACAAAAAGAUUCUGAAUUACUGGUGCUUCUCAUUGCAAAUAACUCUGGAUACUGUAUAAAAAAUCUCUACUUUCGUAACACUCUAGAACGGAAUGAUAUAGAUAUCUUGCAAAACAACAUAGAUGAAGUCCAUAAAGAAUAUGCAAACCUCAAAGGUCAAUGUGCUGAACGGGCACAAGCUUUUCUCCUGUACACAGGGUUAAAAUUUGCUGGUGUUUACAAAGAAAUGACUGCUCAACAGAAAGCAGACCGAUUGAAUUUCAUGAAAAGUCAUCUAGAAGGUGAUAUCUUAUCUAAUGUUAACAAAAUCAUUCAUCAGCGUUCUGAAUUUUAUGAUUGGAGCAAAAUGGAAGAUAAUCUAAGAGAAUUUGCCUAUGGAAUUGUAUUAAGAAAGGAGUUUAGCUCAGAUGAAAUUGCCAAAGAGCUGGAAAAUAUCUGUCAGGAUGAAAUAACACUUAUUAACACUGAUGAACAAAUUGACAGCAGCAACAUGGACAAAGACUUUUUGCAAUUGUUAAAGAGGCUUGACCUUGUAAAAUAUUAUCCACAAAAAAUGAAAACAGCUGAUUUUCAUAAGAUAUGUAGAUCUUCUAUGUCUGAAACCCUGACUUUAGGAGAACAUCAACUUUCCUUCCAUUAUCUACAAAAGUUGCUCAUGUUGGACUAUCGUGCUAGAUAUACACAGUACAAAAGUGCUAAUGAUCUCACUCAAAAGAAUAUAGUGACCAUAAAUGAUAAAGUUGACAAAAAUGACAUAUCUGAAGUUUGCUUAGAUGAUUUCCUUGAUGACAGCAAUGAGGAAUUUGAAAACCAAAGUGCAAACCAAGAGCAACUUAUUCACCCUAUGGAUCUGCAGCUGGCAAUUUUUCAUUGUGCUAAUGACUUUAUGAGGCAGUAUAUUUACACAAAACUUUCACUUUGUCAGUUUGCUGUACCAAUGUUGGUAAGAAAUCCCAGCACAAAGCUCAUUGAGUUUCCUCUUUGGUCUUUUCAAGAAGUUAAAAAGAAAUGGAAAGCAAAAAGUGGCGCAAACAGGGAUGAUACAUCCAGCAACAAAUGUGUUACUGAAGCUGAAACUCCUAUUGUAUCUUUCAUUCGCUUUGGUCCAUCAGCUUCUUCUAAGUCACAAAUAAUCAACUGGCUGAUCAGUAAACAAAGACAUGACAUCUUCUAUCACCGCCAUUGCAAGGGAAGUACGAAGAACUCUUUGCUAAUGAAUGGCAUUACAGAAAUUGCUUGGUAUUGCCCAGGUGGGAAGAUUGAUGAUGCAUUUGAUGACUGCAUUGCCUUUACCAAUCUACAUGGUGAUGCUAGAGACCAUGACAAGCAAGUACAAUUUUUAGAGCAGAUUUCCUCAGUCAUUGUAGUUUUGUUCAAUGAUAGAGAUGCAAGGGAAGGACAUGGUAAAAUAGUUUUGCAGCGAUUAGUGAACUCUCCCACACCAUUAAUCUGUCUUAUUGCAGACAAGGAAUGUCCUCCACCAAAACCUGGUACUAAAUUAAAAAUAGGUUUAAGAGACAGAAAUGAAGCAGAUAUGGUAGACAUAGUAGCUACUACAAUACAUUCAUUAUUGACCAGUUCAAAUCAAAGACACUCUCUUAACAAAUGUGCAAGCAUUGCCAGAAGUCAUGGAUUUAUAGUGGAUGUGGACAAAGAGCAGUGCAAGCAAGGAAGAGAUGAUGCAGAGGGUCUACUGUCCCUACAUAAAGAAAAAAAACUCUCAGCUAUAAAGGAGGCAUUUCUGCCAUUGCAAGGUGAUCUGUGGCAUAUGUGGUGCACAAAAGAUAAGGAACUCACUAGACUCAAGGGAAAAAAUAAUUUGAGCAUUGAGGAACAGCGGAGUAACAUUGAGUCUGAAAAACAAGCGCUAAGAAACAGUCAAAUACAAAAAGCUUUUCCUUUAAAUAACUUUAUGAGAUCUCUCCUAAAUAUUCUACACUCAAAUGCUCAGGGCUCAAAAUUAUAUUUUCUGCAGUGGUUUAAAAUGUUUUUGGAUGAUUUGUCUUCAGAAACAUUAUCAACUCUCAAUCAAGAAUAUCAUAAUGUUUGGUCAGAUUUAACAGUGGAAAAGCAAAAGUGCAAAAAUAAGCGUAAAAUACAAAAACUUGAAAACAAACUGGAAGAACUGUCAACCAAGAUCAACGGCUCAACAUUUGGGCUUGAACAUAUUCUCAGAGAACUGGGACAAAUUUAUGAAGCAUUAGAAACAUCCCCUGAAAAAGAUCAAAGCUUUUUAACUUUGCCUAAAAUUGCAGCACAUCUUAUGGUUUCAGGGUAUCCAGUAGAGCUUAUGGAUGGCGACGCUGCACAUGUACCAUUGAAGUGGAUAGGAGCUGUUCUGGAUGAAUUGAUAGGACUGUUAGGAGAUAAAAAGCUGUAUGUCCUUUCUGUACUAGGUAUUCAGAGUACAGGUAAAUCCACUUUACUCAAUGCUAUGUUUGGCCUCCAGUUUGCAGUGAGUGCUGGUAGAUGUACUCGAGGAGCGUUUAUGCAACUUAUUAAGGUUGAUGAAGAACUUAAACAAGAACUAAAAUUUGAAUAUGUGCUUGUUGUAGACACCGAAGGAUUAAGAGCUGUAGAACUAUCAAAGAAGAAUUCGGUGAACCAUGAUAAUGAAUUGGCUACAUUUGUAAUUGGCCUGGGUAACAUCACUGUAAUCAAUAUUUUUGGUGAAAAUCCUUCCGAAAUGCAAGACAUUCUACAGAUUGCUGUCCAAGCAUUUCUUAGAAUGAAACAAGUGAAACUAAGACCAAGCUGUUUGUUUGUUCAUCAAAAUGUUGGUGAGAUCACAGCCAAAGAAAAAAACAUGGAGGGAAGAAGAAAAUUGCAAGAGAAACUGGAUGAAAUGACAUUGUGUGCAGCGCAGCAGGAGCAGUGUGAUGUCACUUGUUUCAAUGAUGUCAUUCAGUUUGAUGUCAACACUCAUAUUCACUAUUUUGCACAUUUGUGGGAAGGUGACCCACCUAUGGCCCCUCCAAAUCCAAGUUACUGUGAAAAUGUCCAAGAGUUAAAGAAGAUCAUACUCCAGUCAGGGAAACAAGAAGAACAUGCAAAUAUUUUGAGCAUUUCAAUGUUUAAAGCACGUGUUAAUGAUCUAUGGAAUGCGCUGCUUAACGAAAACUUUGUUUUUAGUUUUAAGAAUUCUCUUGAAAUUGCUGCUUAUAACAAACUGGAAACUAAAUACAGUCAAUGGGCCUGGUCUUUAAGAGAGCACAUGCUGACGCUUCAAAGCAAAAUCAACAACCAAAUUCACAACGAUGUGAAAAAAUCUGUAAAUGUGGCUUCUCUAACCAAGGAAUUUGAACCGAAAUACAAAACGAUUCAGGAAGAUCUGAAUACAUUUUUUACAGAAGAAAAAGAUAGUGAAAUGUUAGUGCAAUGGAGAGCAAAUACAGAAAUUAGACUCUCUACUCUUAAAAGUGAUAUCAUAGAAGAGAUGAAGAAAAAAACUGAUGAACUAUUGACAGCAAAAAAGAAUAGUGCAAAAAUGAACUCUUUUAAGGAAAAGUAUGAAGAUGAAAUGUUUAAGAAAAGCAAAAACCUGGCCUUGACUUUGAAAGGAAGAAACCUUAAUGAUGAGGAAUUGCAGGAACAAUUUAAUGACAUGUGGAAUGCCUUGAUUACUAAAGUAUCUAACACAAUAAACAUGCCUGAGGGUCCUGAGAUCUAUCUAGACUUAGAAAAUGUUUUCCUAGAACGCUUCAAAACAGAAACCAAUCUUGUUGAUACAAUUCGUGAUUCUUAUAAUUGGGAGGAUUUUCUUGCAGUGUUCUCCAAGUAUAUUGAGGGUAAACGAGGAUUUUUUUCAAAGGUGUUUUCCUCUGGAACACUCAGCCAUGAUGAUCAAGACAAGAUAAAACAUACAACAUAUGCUCUAGAGAAGCGAGUUAAUGAAUAUAUUGAAAAAAAAGAGCAAGAGAUCAUGGAUUAUCAGUGUAUCUAUUUUCAUGAAAUUUUAAAUACGAUUAACAAGGAAAUAUACUCCAUGCUGGAUAAAAAGAUUAAAUAUUUGACAGAAUAUAAGCUGUAUGUGUCACUGUUCUUGUGCCAAAUUGCCGCCAGAAGAUUUGUCCGCAUUUCAGAAGCUUUUAGAGAAGCUAACAAUCCUCUUGUUUACUUGGAAGGUAAAAAGGAUCAAUUCUGGCAGAGUUUUAAAAUCUCCUGCAAAGAAAAAACUGAAACAGCAUUGGUAGCUAACUUAUUGUGUAAUACAUUAAAACGGUCCAUCCAACAAGAAGUGACAGAAAAGGCUGCACUUGAGUUAGCUGGGGACAUGAAAUGCAAUGAUCCUUCUUUAAAUGGGAACAGAUCAAAACUAGACUACUGUUUACUUAAGUCACUGGCAGAAAAGGAAUGUUUCCAGGAUUACAUUAACUACAUCCAAGAUCCGAAAUCAGCAGUUCAGGACUUUAUCAAAGAACGUGUUCAAGUGAUUUGUAAAGAAAAGGCAAAGAUUUCAGAGAUUUUCAAUAUUAAUGUUGAUUUUUUUAGACGACUUGUAUCAAAAGCUAUCGAUAAGUCAACUGCGGAGGUUACAGACAAGCGUGGAAAUGUUAAAUCCUGGCUGGAAAGUUUCUGCCAAGAGCUUGAGAAUGAAAUGAAGCUGUCCUCAAAUGACCUGAAAAUUGUUCAAUAUCAGGACAUAACUGACUUAGGAUUCCUUAAGGAGGCAAUGACAAAGGCUUUACAGAUAGUAGUGAAAUCCCUCAAAGAGGAGUUAUCUGUAUGUGAUCCACAAACCCUUGAAAAAAAGAUCUUCACCAAUUUAUUUGACCAGUUUCCCGGAUGCUGGAAAAUGUGUCCAUUUUGUCAUGCUGUUUGUACACAUACUACAAGUUCACAUGAUGGAGACCACAGCAUGAAGUUCCAUCGUCCUACAGGUUUAAGAGGCUGGCGUUGGCAUAAUACCAGAAAUUUUAGCACAAAUAUAUGCACUUCUCUUGUAGGAAGUGAUCUGUUCUGUGUAGUAAAUGAUGACAAAAGCUUUCCCUACAUAAACUAUAAAAGUGAAGGACCCCCUUACAGUGAGUGGUCUAUUACUCCCGACAAAUCUGCCUUAUCCUACUGGAAAUGGGUGACCUGCCGUUUUGAAUCUGAUUUAGAAAAACAUUAUAAUUUAAAAUUUGAAGAUAAAGGAAAGAUUCCUUCACAAUGGAGAAAUAUAACCAAGCAGGAUGUCAUUAAAGAGAUAGAGGAACUGAUGUAGUCAAUUAAAAAAUCUAAUAAUGUAUUAAUAAAGAGGUUUUCCCAUUAUGACAACUUAUCUUCUACCUAUAGAAUAGUGGACAAGUUGCAGACCGGCGGGGGGAAUGCUAGAAUGCUAGGGCCCCUACUAAACACUAGAAUAAGGGCCAGUGCUCCCAGUUUGAUUGCAUUGGCAGAUAUGAAUGUAUGCUGCCUCUUCAUUCAACUCUAUAGAGAUGCCAGAGAUACAGUAGCUGAGUGCGAUCUCUGGGAGCCCCAUAGAGUUGAAAGGAGAGUAGGAAACACGUGCGUAUCUGCCACUUCUAAUGGGGAACAUCCACCCUUGUUUUAGUAUUGGCAGGGGCCCCAGCAAUCGGCAACAAAUCCCUUAUACUAUGGAUAGAAGAUGAGUUGUCAUAGUGGGACAACCCCUUUAAGUUCAACUACUGCAUGUAUUCAGCCAAUAGACAGAUUGCUCAGGGAAGCCACUAUGGCAUCAUAAUAUAAUACUGGAAUUAUUACUGAUAUUGAAUAGGUAAUAUAGGUUAAAGGGGUUAGCCCAUCUCACACUAUGUUGGCACAUAUCUAGGAUAUGCCACCAAUGUCUGAUAGGUGAGGGUCCCACCUCUGGAACCUAUAUCUAUCUCUAGAAUGGAGUCCAAAAGUGAACAAGGGCGCAAGCGUGGGCUCUCUCCAUUCACUUCUAUGGGGGUGCCAAAAAUAGACAAGCUCCUUCAUUUUAUGGGCGUUCUAGAGUUAGGUACAGGUCUCAGAGUGGGACCCGCACCUAUGGGACAUUAGUGGCACAUCCUAGAGCUAAGCCACCAAGAUGCAAGAUGGUCAAUCCCUUUAAGCAUAUUGUCUAUGAUACAAAACAUUGAUGAUACUUGUAAACAGAUCAAAUCUUAAAUGGAAUAUGAUUAUGGAUAUAAAACAGUUGCCCAUCUUAGACCUUUAUUACAAGGAUCUAUAAAUAACCAUAAGCCGAUCACAGUGUUUCCUGGUGCAGGAACCCCCAGAUAUCAGCUUUUACCUGCAGGAGAAUUCAGCAUAACCACAGGGAAAAUGAAGUAUUACACCAUGGCCACUAACAUCAAUGGGCUGUUCAGCUGCUCUCCACAGGACUUCAGGCUUCUGAACAGAUGACCCCCAUCUAUUAACCCCCUAAUUGGGUUUCUUUUAACAAAAUUCAAGGUGAGAUUUGAAAGAACAUUCAGCAAGUUAUAUGAAGGUCCCUGAUAAUCAGGGUGAAGAUCAUUAUUAAUACCAGUUCCUAUGAUUUUUUUUUUUUUAUCCUUCAACUUUCUUUAAAAAAAAUAUAUAUAUAUAAUUAUUUGAAUUUAUUGUAAGUAAAAAUAAAACAAUAUAUCCAGCAAGUCUUUAAAGGGUUUUUCUGAGACUUUACUACUGAUGACCUAUUCUCAGGAUAGGUCUGUCAGUAUCUGAUUGGUGGGGUCUGACCCCCGGGCCCUCCGCCGAUCAGCUGUCCGAGAAGAGAUCGGCACUUACAAUACCGCUGCAGCCUUCUCUCAGCUUUUCCUAGGCCAGUCCAUUUUGUCGUCACUGUAUCAGUAUUAAAGUCUUGGAGAACCCUUUUAAGAAUUUUUCUUUAACCCCUUAGUGACCAGCU